CACCUAACACAGCGGCCAUCUUAGAUUGUCGUGUUAACCGGUCCAUCAUCAGUGGUUUGUCGAAAAAUGGCAGCUAGAAGGAUUGGACAGUAUGUUCCAGAUUGGAUCAAGAUUGCUACAAAAGUUCCUCAUGAGGCAAGACCGAAUAUGAGUGCUAUGAGAGCGAAAUAUGAGACUAUUAAAACGAGCUUGGAUUCAAUUUCAGCCAAACCUGAACCUAUUAACUGGGACUUUUAUGCCAAGAAUAUAUCCAAACCAGGAAUGGUUGAAGCUUUCAGGAAAGCUUAUGAAGCAGUAACUGUACCUUACCCAAAAGAUGUUGAAACACCAAAGAUAAACGAGAAAGAGAAGGAACUGGAAGAGCAUUCAAUAAAAGUGGUCAAGUUAGCAAAUGAACAGAUUGCAAAGUAUGAAGCUGAGUUGCAGGAAAUCAGGUCACUGAAACCCUUCGAAGAAAUGACAGUUGAUGAGUAUGCUGCAGCACAUCCAGAAUGGAACAAACAGUUAGACGAUGAAAUCGCUAAAAAUAACUGGAACAUGGAGCACUAGCUAUCUCGUGUGCAUAUAAUUUUUCAUUCGUUGACUGAAAUUCAUAAUGUGAUGUAAUUGAGUUUUGUACUUUUAUCAUUGGCCACGAAUAAAAUUAUCUUUGUGGGAGUUCACAA